AUGUUGCUUACAACGCUGGAGCAGAUACAGGCUGGAUUGUCUGUUAUGGUUGUUAAGUCACUGUGGAUGCCUGCUUUUAAGGGGAAUAUGGGUAGCAAGGAGAACAAGAAGGUUUGCUCACUUUCUGCGGUCAAGUUCGUGAGUGACUCAACCGUCCAGAGUAAUGGAGAGAUGAUGCACGCCGUUCUCAUGGGCAUCUCUGAGCUCCUGGGCUUUAACGAACAAGAGCAGCAGCCGGGGAAUUCGUUGCUCAAUCCUAGGCUCAAUGAUGACGAAGAUGACGAUCAAGAUGAGGCUGAAGACCGAGAAUAUGAAGUUGCCUUCGCAAGGCUCCAUUCCACCGAGUUGCCUGGGCAUGCUGAUUAUGCCCCUUCGGUAACAGACGUUCCUGGCAGUGUGAAGCAGGCCUUGCGUGGCAUUGAUGGUCGUUUCUUCGCUAAUCCUCCGCCAGAACUAGCGCGUCUGAGUACUUGGAUGGCGCUGAACUAUAUGGAGCUCGCCAAGGAGGGUACUGCCAAAGGCUCCAACACCCUCCGCGACUAUCGGCCGUUGAAGUUUAUUAAUGUAACCUCUUACGGUGAUGAAGGUCUUUUAAUCACCCUCAAGGGCUAUGCACAGACCUCGGGCCCAGCCUGGAUCAACAUCUUCAAGUCAACCGACUUCCACAUGUUGAUAGCUGCUACUUUGAUCAGACUAUAUUCUUGA